AUGGCGAACACAGAGGACGAUCUGGCCUCCGACCAAGAGAGCCUCGAAAGUGAGUUGUCCUCGGACCACGAAGCUGACACUCCGCCCACCGGCAACAAGAGAGCCAGUAUUUUCGACAAAGACUCGGGCGAGGAAGAGCUCGAGCGAUUAGUUCUCGGAAACAAGACGGGGUUCAGGGAAAACCUCUUCAAAAAUGGAACCAUCACCGACGAAGAUGAUGUCGACGACGACGACGCUGAAAUAGGCGCCACCGAUGCCUUCGGCCUGGAAGACGUAGACGACGCCGACCUGUUCGUCCUGGAUACCGGCACAGGCGGUGCUCGGCUGCCACAGGCACCCGCUGCAAAGACAGAGGCAGGCGAUGCACCCGCCUGGGAGGACAGCGACGACGAGCGACUGGUCGUCUCCUUGUGCGGCACAAACCGGUUGCGAAAAUUGCGGCUGGCACCGGCGGACGACCUCGUCAGCGGCUCAGAGUACUCGAGGCGGCUGCGCCAACAGUUCCUGCGGUUGAACCCUGCGCCGGCGUGGGCCAACCAGACUGCCGGGCGGGCGUGCAAGAGACGGAGGCGCGCCUCGGCAGCGUCAGACUCGUCCAGCGGCUCUGUCGGGGACUCGGACUCGGACUCGGACGCGGAAGUGUCGGCGCAGCCGCUGGACGCGUUCCUGCGGGACGUCAAACAGCUAGCUGGUUUGGGGGCCGCCAGGAAGCGCAGGCUGCGGCCGGAAGUGGUGGACAUCCAGAGGACGAGGGAGAUCCCGGACAAGCACAGGGCCCCCGUCGAGUGUCUUUCCUUCCACCCGGAGUACCCCGUGCUGCUGUCGGCCAGCGCAGCGUCGGUCCUGUUCCUGCACCACGUCGCGCCCGACGCGCAGCCGACGCCGAACCCGCGGCUCACGUCUGUCCAAGUGAAGCAGGUGGACGUGCGGAGGGCGGAAUUCCUCCACCCGCAGGGCGACAAGAUCUUCUUUGGCGGCCGCAGAAAGUACUUUCACCACUGGGACCUGCCGUCCGGCACGGUCCAGAAGACGACGCAAGUCACGGGCCAUCGCCUGGAGCACAAGACCAUGGAGCGGUUCAAGCUGAGCCCCUGCGGGCGGUACAUGGGCAUCGUCGCGUCGACGAAAAAGGGCGGCGGCGUAGUCAACGUCGUCAGCGUGGCUUCCACGCAGUGGAUCGCCGCCGCCAGACUGUGCAGCCGACACGGCGUCGCUGAUUUCGCGUGGUGGAGCAACGGGGACGGCAUGACGAUCCUCGGCCGGGACGGCCAAGUCGGCGAGUACAGCAUGGAGUCGAGGGGCUUCGUCGGCAUCUGGCACGACCAGGGCUGCAUCGGCGGCGUCGUCGUCGGGCUCGGCGGGCACGGCGGCCCCCGGGCCCUCGGGGAAGACCGCUGGGUGGCCGUCGGGUCGAACAGCGGCAUCGCAAACAUCUACGACAGAAGCGUGCUGGUGGCUUCGCAGAGGGACGGCGAGGUCGCCGUCAAGGAGCGCCCCACGCCGACCAGGACCCUCGAGCAGCUCGUCACGCCCAUUACCGUUUUGGCUUUCUCGCCCGACGGCCAACUGCUCGCGUUUGGCAGUCGCGCGAAGAAGGACGCCCUGAGGCUGGUGCACCUACCGAGCUGCACCGUGUAUCGAAAUUGGCCGACGGAGCAGACGCCGCUGGGUCGAAUCACCUGCGUGGCGUUUGGAAGGGACAGUGACCUUUUGGCUGUGGCCAACGACUCUGGCAAGAUUAGAUUAUGGCACAUUAGGAGUUAG